GCCUGGUCCGAAACCCCGGCAGCUAAAUUCAAGGUUCGCGGUACUAAAUAUUUACAGGACCGCAUUAAAGUGCCGUCCGAAGCCUCUGCGUUUCAUUUGCUAUGUGUUGAUCUCGUGAAAGUGAAUCAGCCGAUUUUCACAGGACUGUGUUCACAUCCGAACGAACGCAUUCAAAGAGCCCUCGCAAAGGAGCGCGAAACUGGAUUACGGAUCUUGCCAGAUUUUGUAUUUGCCGUGAAUUUGUGCGUUCCGGGAAAAUCUUACUACCACUGGGUGGCCUAUUUUGGGGUAGAUGAUAUACAAAUGAUCAAAACUCAAGAAACACCCUUGGGGCGAGUGGCGAAUCCGUUUUUCUUUGGCCCGUCAGACGAGUUUCGCAGCAAGGUUUUCAAGCUUAUACCUCGAAUUGUAGAAGGGAACUUUGUGGUCAAGAAAGCCGUAGGUUCUAAACCGUCUAUUCUGGGUCGCAAGCUGAAGCAAUACUACAUCCAGAACGAGCGCUUCAUGGAGCUAAUUGUGGAUAUUGGAUCGGACUGUAUGGCACAGCGAAUCGUCAAGCUGGCGCUGGGGUAUGCCAAGACGUUGGAAGUUGACAUGAUGUUUUUAUUAGAAGGGGUGCAUCCGUCGAUGCUACCCGAGCGGAUUUUAGGAGGAGUUCGGAUGAUCAAUAUUGAU